AGAGGUAGAGCAGUCGAAAUCGACUCGAGAUCAAGAGUUGUAGAGAAUGGCCUCAACUUCCUCAAGCUCUGCAAUGAAAACGCCAUUGCUGGAUUGGAGAUCAUGUUGGAGGAAUUCAUGGUUUUGGACAUGAUAGUCUACGAAGCGGCUCCGGGAGUUGAAAUUUCUUAUCAAGAGUUUUCUGAACUGGAUGAUCUGGCGAAGAUUGAACUCAUGAUGUCCGAGACGAAAGACGAAGACUUCCUGAGGAAUUUUUCAACUUGGCUGCGAUUUUAUUUUGACCACAACUCGGCCACCCGGACGGAUUUUGAAUCCAGGUUCGAGAUUUUGCGGAAAUUCGCUUUGAAGCUGUGUGAAAGCGACGUGGGGAAAGCUCGGAAAGUGAUCGAAGCGUGCAAGAAGGACCGUGGCUUCACCAUCCCAGACACGGACAAGUUCGCCGCCCUCGUCAUUGAAUGCGUGUAUGCCUGCGAACGUUGGGAAGACCUGCCCAAAGUCUUCAACAUGGCGGACACGUUGAACUCCCUGAUGGGAGCCACUGGGUCCCAGAGUUCCGGAUUCCCGCCCAUGAGUGCCAAGAUGCGACGGGAGGCGAGUCGAGCGGAUGAAGACCUGAAAGCUGCUGAUAUGACGACGAGUGUUGGAGUGCCACUGGUUCCGAGGCAUGUGGCCAGUUUGAGGGACGAUGCGGAACUCGUGAGGGAUUUGAUGGUUAAAAUUUGCCGGCUGCCGAUUUCCAGGAAACCUCCGUUUUCCAAAAUGGACUGGUUCAACCUGCUGCAGCAAAUCCAGAACAUUCGAAAGAUCGGUUUCCCAGAUGUCCUGACCCCCAAGGAAGUGUCGACCAUCUGGAUAAAAUCCUUGUUGGUGUCCAGCAACCAUGAUCUGAUAAGAAUCGCCGGGGACAGACUCAGUUCUGUUCCUGCAACUUCAGGUUCUGAUGAUGGCAAGCUUACUUACGCGGAAAGUGUGAAAUUGUGUUUGGAGGCCAGCAGGGAAUACCUGGACGCGUGUGCUUCUGCAACUGGGCCAAAUGUGGCUUUGGCUGCUGAAUGCCUGGCUCUUGUGGGGCCUGGCUCUUCUCCAGAAGUGGCCCGAGACAUGAAGCUUAUCGAAUCAUUGCCAGUAUUAUCGCAGUAUGGGGUCAAACUUCUUCCUGUGCAAAUUCGGUUGAAACCUGAUAAGUUGGACGUUAUCAGGGAGGUUUUACGGUCAGAUGUUUCUGCUUAUUCUAAGCCUCAAAAGGUGUUGGAUCUUGCUUUCUUGCUCGUGCCUCCUGCAAAUGCAGACGAUGAGAAGAAUAUUAAAGGAAAAGUGUUUACCAUUUUGGCGGAAAAGGCUUUUCAGGUGAAGGAUUUCUCUGUGUGCUCUGAUUUAUGCAACAUAUUGGCAAAAGAGCGACAUGCUGGUGGAUGGGAAGUUUGUGGGAAAUUCGGCUCGACUUUGUCCGACAUGAAAAUUGACGCAGCCCGUGCGCCGGGUUUGAGGGCCAAACUACUUUCCUUUGCCAUGGCCCACUGCCCCCCAGACAAGAUCCACGAAUACCUCCAGAAAAGUUCGCAAACGGAAGUCGACUUCAGCGAUGUCCUCAAACCCCAGGAUAAUGUCGAAUGGAAAGCGCCUCUAGAAGGGUCAGGAGAAGACACGAAGAAACUUCACUCACAUCCAUUGGAAACGCGAAAAUUUUGCGAAGAAGAGAGGCUUGCCGAAGUCCGUUAUCCCUGUUCAAAACGCGGCGCUGAUUUAGGUUGGGAUUUUGCCGUGGAUGCUGUGAGAACAGCUUUUGUGGACUUGAGACUUGGAAAUGACAUUCCUGAUGUUGAAUUCGUGAAGGGU